AUUGUGAUUUGUGAACAUAGGACUAUAAACUUGGCCCAUAUCAUUUUAGAUGCUCUAUCCCCCCCUCCUCUUUUCAAAGUAUCUGCAUAGGCAAAAAGCUGUUUGGUUAUAUCAGCAGAGUGAUUUGCUCGCUGCAAUUUUUUGAAUGCUGUUGCCAAUCAUCUCGCCAAUAUCAGACGUCAUUCAUUAAUCGAUAAGUACUACUAAUGACAGCUGAAUCGGAGCCGCUAGUGGUGUUCUGGAGUGGACGGGGGAUUCAUAUAACGGUGCUAUUGAGCUUCACAGUGCAGGUGACGCUUUUCCUCUUGACAGAUAUUCGUCGACGCGCAGACUGGCCCGUGCUAAAGGUCGUCAUUUGGUCAGCAUACAUGCUGGCCGACAUGACGGCUAUAUAUGCCCUGGGUCAUUUGUCCGUGGUUGUGAGGUCGCCCGAGCAUCACCUUAUGGCACUUUGGGCACCGUUGCUGCUGGUGCACCUUGGUGGCCAAGACAGCAUCACUGCCUAUGCCAUCGAGGACAAUCGGCUGUGGCUGCGUCACCUGCAGACUUUCGGAGUGCAGGUCCUAGCAGCAGCCUAUGUGUUGUAUGCGUCUUCCGUUCUCUUCCACUCGUCCUUGCUCCGUUCGGCCGCCAUCCUCAUAUUUGUGGUUGGGUUUCUCAAGUACGGGGAGAGAGUAUGGGCGCUCAUGGGCGCCGACAGAUUUGCUAGUAGCAGCCUAUCUGCCACCAGCUACAAGGAUUUCGGCACCACAAGCCAGCCCGAUGAAGUUGAUAAAGAAGAUUUGUCUGCAGUACCAAAAGCCCGCAUGCUAGUCAUAGCUUACUCAUUGUUGGACAUCCCGAAGCAAAUGUUUGAAGGGCCGACACAUUAUGUCAAAAUCGAGAACGCGAGGCAAUAUGAUGGAAACUUUAUGUUGGGGGUGGUCGAGAUGCAGCUCAGGAUGAUGUACGACCUCUUGUACACCAAGGCUGCGGUGGUGCACACAUGGUACGGCUUCUUUGUCCGUGUCAUCUCGCUGCCCUUCACCAUUGCCGCCGCACUCCUGCUAUUCCAUGCAUUGAGGGACCAAGAUGGUUACAGAAGGGCAGAUGUCUUUGUCACCAAAGUUUUGCUCAUUGGUGCAGUCGUCCUGGAGACCAUGUCAGUGUUGAGGGCCGUGUUCUCCACUUGGAUGGCCGCGCUGCUGUAUGAACGAAAAUGGUAUAAGCUUGGUCGCAUGGUUCAAGCAGUUGAGUUUGUGUUCGUCACUAAGCCAAUGAUGGUACUUGUACAAAGGAAAGGCUAUUGGUCGGACCACAUGCGCCAACAUGACUUGUUUAAGGUGUUCCAUCACACUGGCCACAGUAUAGGCAGCAAGAUAGCAAAAAAGAUGGGGAGGGAGGACCUGUGGGACUCCACGUUCUACUCCUGGUCCACCCGUGCAUCAGAAGAUAUAGUUGACAAGGUAUUGGAACUAGUGUCGACAACAACCAAAGGUGAUCAGAUUGACAUCACGGGAUCACGGGGACGCAAUGCGCUAAAGAGACACAACCACUCCUUGGGGGUGGACCUGGAAUGGAGCGUGGGAUCGAAACCGGAGGAGAGAUUGGAUCUGGAUGAGAGCAUCCUCGUGUGGCACAUCGCCACCCAUGUCUACCUCAUGUGGUAUAGUGAAAAAUUACAUCCAGGUCCAAUCUCUGUACCACAUGAAACACAGACAUCAAAAAGAAUAUUGGGUCUUCCUAAAGCAACAAAGGCUGUUUGCAAUUACAUGUUUUUUCUGCUAGCCGCCCGUUCCUACAUGCUGCCUUACCCUGUUACUCGCCAGGGGUAUAUCCAGUUGUGCCAUGAUUCCAUCAAUCAUCAUUUGAGAGGCUUCUACGUCUAUGAACUACUCGAAGCCAUAUUGGACCAGAAGGAUGCUUUGAUGGAAAGAUCUCCACUUGAACCAAACCGUGCUAGAGACAUUAUUGGUGUGUCUCCAAACAGAAGAAGUGCUCAGCCGUUGGUCAAUAGUACGGGGACCCAAGCAAGUGCUCAGCGUUCAAUCAAUACUACACUUGACAGAGGAUGUCAGCUUGCCGCAAAGCUGAUCCACACAGCAGAAACAGAUACGGGUGCUGUUGGCAUCCUAGAGAUGAUCUUCGAAGUGUGGGUGGAGAUGUUGUGCUACACAGCCUACUGGUGCAACGAGAAAUCUCAUGCCAAAAACCUGACAAACGGUGGUGAGCUCAUGACCACCGUUGCUCUUAUGAUGGUAUACAUGUCAAAUGGUUUUAUUAAAAUAAAGAAAAGGGGUGAGGACAGCUCUUCUUCGGUUUAAUUGGACCGGCCCAUGUGAGUAUGUUUGUUGUUUAUCAGAGUGAAAUUAUCCCUUGAUCACGUUUUCCCCGCAUUUAUAUUGAUGGUGUACUCAUGUGUCAUUUGACAGGUACGUCCGUGUUGGUGUACUCUACGUGUUGCCAAAUUUGAUUGAGAUGUACGCAUCUUAUUUAUCUAUUGUGUAAAACAAAUCUAUAUCUCAAACGGUAUUGUUUGUAUUGUAAAACAAAUCUACGUGUGGACAUGUAACUAUUCGGUCUAAAGAUGUAAAAUUUC